AAUGUCACUUGACACUUUAGACACUUGGUGUAUCAUGGAAAGACAGAAUUAAGUGUAUAUUUAAAAUAACAUACAAAAAGAGAUGUUAAUAUAAUAUAGCUGUAUAUUGGUAGGCGUUAUCGAGUGCAUUUAUAUCCACUCGAAGCUUUCGCACGUGCUGAAGUGUUUAUCGUGUAAUUUGUAGUAUGUUUAUUGCAUCGUGAACUCGACCCUUGUAAUCGAUACUUGAUAGUUUUUUUAUAAUAUAUACUUUUAUUGUUACGAUAAAUAUGAAUCUCCAGACGAUAUUGAUUUUUAUUGGACUUUCCUACGCAUAUGGACAAGAUAGAAAGAUAACAGCAAAACUAAAUCCAGGUUGUGACAUCUGUUCAUCUAACACAACACUAUUGUAUGUGAAAUGUGAUGGUGCGUCAGACACAAUACAUCAAAUAUGGGACUUUACAAGACACUUACCAACUGUAAUUUUUGCUGUAACAAGUUUGAAUUCAACUUUAAAUGUAACUUGGAGUGACACUUUACCAAAGAACAUUGUACUGUCAGAAGAACCAAGCUAUAGUUUUGCUACGGCUAUCGACAAGCUUUACGAAUAUGAUGACUUGGAUGACAACGGCCACAUCGACCCGAAAUUUCCCCAGAAAGCAUACAAACUUGACAGGAUUCGUUGGCAUCUAAACGAGAGUAUAUUGACAAAUAAAGAGGCGAUGGUUCAUGUCUAUGGGAUAUUAAAUGAGGAGAGACGAGGGCGACCUGAAAUUAUUAACAUUAAGCUGGACCUAAUCCCCUUCAAAGACUACGCACUGGAUCUCCCGCACUUGAUCCACACUGCUAACUCAACGCUAGUCGACGUGAGCCUCGUGAACUUAACCACGAGCCGGGAGUACAACGCGUCGCGGUACGCGUUACACUUGCUGCUGGUCAGCACUGAUCCAGUUAUUGAGACCAUGCAUUACACGAUGCGGAAGAGCUUGGACGAUGAACAUACGCCAGGCGUUUUUGAGAUCAUAGAGAUCAAGAGUCCGUCGCUGUACGAGGCGGGCGAGGGCGGAUACCUGCAGUUCCGGCCCGUCGCCUACUCGGAGGACGCGCGCGGCGUCGCCAGCUCCACCGUCGCACGCGUCUCCGCCUUCACACGGGCGGACCUCCCGCGUGAUAGCACGCUGAAGCUGUUCUACUCCGAAACCGAUCAGGCCGACCUGCUCGUACAGGACAUGUUCGUGUCGUUCGGAGAAACGGGCGACGGGUACUACAAGCAGCACAAUUAUACAGCAUGGUCAUUCACCAUGGGAUACGGAUCACCGCCAGUGGAAGGCUUUUCAUUCUUCGUCAUUAUGAUAAUAUCCAUAGGUCUUGGAGUGCCGGUCGUUCUAGCGCUCUCGGGAAUUACAUACGUACUGCUAAGGCGAUACAGGCACCUUAAUAAUAGGACAAGGUUCACUAACGAAGAUUAAAUCUAGACAAUGCGAUCCGAACGCAUAGUAUGUUAUAACCAAUGUAGAUACCAAUUGUUGUAAAUUAAUUGUUUAUAUGCGUAACGUAAACUAAGGUCGCGUUCAUUUUAUGUCAGUUAAUAUAACAUUAUACUCAUUUAAUAAUAUGUAUUCGACCUUAGUAUAUUGAAUAUAAGCGGCACUUCGCUUGGCUUAGGACAGAAUCCGAUAAGUAUUUGCAUAUUCACAAAAAAAAAAAAACAUCCAGUGUUGCCAUACUAUUGAGCGAAC